AUGAGAGGAAACACAAUUAGAAUUCUUCAAACAAAUGAGUCACAUUCAACACUUAAUCUUACAAUACCUGGUAAAGUUUUAACUGUCCAAAAUUGUUCGCAGAGAAAGUGGUUAAUUCUUGGAUUACACGAUGGUGUUCAUAUUUAUAAUUCCGAGAAUUUGAGUUUUAUUGGGAAAAUUGAAAGACGUGAUUUUUAUAACUUUCUAAUAGAUAGUAAUGGUGAACACAUGUUUUACAGGUUUUCUGAUUCCGUUUCCAAAAUUAGAAUUGAUGAUAGGUCAGUUUUAUGGACUGUAAAAGAAGCUGUUGAGUGUUUUACUAUUUGUAAAUCCAAGAAUGAAUUGUUCAUUGCCAUUGAUUCACAAAUUGUUGUUUUGGACAUGAACAAUGGAUCAGUGAAAAGGAAAAUUCCAUUCCUUAAGAAAGUGUUGAAAUGUCUCUAUAUUACCUAUGAUGAAGUGAAUGAAAGGAUUUAUCUAUAG